CUGCCCGCGUCUGCCCCGGGCCCGCGCUACCUCGCGCGCCGCCAUGGAGCGCAUUGAGGGGGUGGCCGUGGGCCGCUGCGCAGCCUCGCCCUACCUGCUGCCGCUCACGCUGCACUACCGCCAGAAUGGCAUCCAGAAGUCGUGGGACUUCAUGAAGACCCAUGACAGUGUGACCAUUCUCAUGUUCAACUCUUCUCGAAGGAGCCUGGUGUUGGUGAAGCAGUUCCGGCCAGCUGUGUACGCUGGUGAGGUGGAGCGCCUCUUCCCGGGGUCCCUGGCCGCCGUGGACCAGGACAGGCCCCGGGAGCUGCAGCCGGCACUGCCUGGCUCGGCAGGGGUGACAUACGAGCUGUGCGCCGGCCUCGUGGACCAGCCCGGGCUCUCGCUGGAAGAGGUGGCCUGCAAGGAAGCGUGGGAGGAGUGCGGCUACCACCUGGCCCCCUCUGGCCUGCGCCGGGUCGCCACGUACAAGUCUGGUGUGGGACUGACCAGCUCCAGCCAGACCAUGUUCUACGCAGAGGUGACAGAUGCCCAGCGGGGUGGCCCAGGCGGGGGCCUGGCGGAGGAGGGCGAGCUCAUUGAGGUUGUACACCUGCCCCUGGAUGGCGCCCAGACCUUCGCAGAUGACCCGGAUAUUCCCAAGACCCUCGGCGUCAUCUUUGGUAUCUCGUGGUUCCUUGGCCGCGUGGCCCCUGGCCUGGGUCCCCACUGAAACCCCAGGGGGUCUGGACGAGCCCAGUUCUGGACA